AUGUUUUUUGUUUUUUCAAAUCUAGAGGCAUCGGUUUCCAGAAUAUAUGAUGAAAAUGGUCUUCCUAUACUUCCUGCAUGCGAGCCACUAUUUUGGGAUAAUUUUACAGAUCCAUUCGUCAUGAAACGCUGGAUUCCUUCUCGAUCCUUAUAUUUUUCAGGCAGAUGGUCAAAUGACCUUUCAUAUCCUGUAGUUGGACGUGCUAAGGAACGUGGUUUAGUUACUGUUGAUAAAGAGAAAUCGAGUAUAAUUUCUUAUAAAUUGCCAGCACCUAUUUAUCCGAUGAAUGAGACAAUUGUCAUUCAGUAUGAAGUAAGAGCCCAAAUUAUCUAUCAUAUCUUCCGUACAACACUUAGAAUUCAUACUAACGAUUUUGAUGUUUAUCACCAAACUAAUGAUACACAUGGCACCAUAGAAUUUGGUCCAGUGCACAAUGAGAAGAAGACUAAGGCACUUCUCAAUUUCUACAUAAACAGUAACGAAGACAAACACAAAAUCGAAAAAUUUAUUGAUAUUCCAGUGGAUGAAAUCCCACAUCUCUACACACUUAUCAUUCGCCCAGACAAUACAUUCGAAUACAUGAUCGACGCGAUGUCAUUCCUUAAUGGAACGUUUACAGAUUCCUUUAAGAUUCCAAUUGUCGAGCCAAAGAUGAUUGACGAUCCAAAUGACAAGAAACCAUCAGAUUGGGUUGAUGAAGAGUUCAUUGUUGAUGUAAAUGCUACGAAACCUGAUGAUUGGAACGAAAGCGAGCCAGAAUUUGUUCCAAACCCAAGAUAUAAAGAUAAACCAAUGGGAUGGAGAGAGGACGAACCAGAAAUGAUACCAGAUCCAAAGGAUCCAAAGCCAGAGAACUGGAAUGAAGCAGUUUUCGGAAAAUACAAACGCAGAAUGAUCAAAAAUCCAAAAUGCAGCAUAGGAUGCGGAAAAUGGAAGCAGCCAAUGAUGAAGAACAAGAAAUACAAAGGAAAAUGGACUCCUCCGCUGAUUAAAAAUCCAAAAUACAAAGGAAAGUGGGUUCCACGCAAAAUACCAAAUCCAAAGUUUACGCAUGAAUACAACUACUCAUUACCUGGAAUAACAGGCUUCUCUUUCAACGUCUGGUCGUUUUAUCAUGAUAUUUUAGUUACAAAUCUACUUGUUUCUCACAAUGAAUCACUUAUUAAGCGUUGGAACCUCGAAGACUUCGCUCAGAGGCAACGCCGCCAAAUAAAAAUGAUGAAAAUCGCUUAUGAUUGGAUUGAUAUCGAUAAAGAAAUCGAAAUUCCACCAGAACCAGGCAUGAUGAACAAGGUUGUAUACUUGGCAAAGCGUGGAUACAGAAAAUUCAAUCAAAUCGAGAACAAAGCUGCUUAUACUUCGAUCUUCUGCUCAAUUGUGUUUGUUAUGAUUCCAAUGCUCUACGUUAUCCAUGAAGUUUUGUGUGGAACAGCGGAUCAUCUCAAACUUGAGUAA